AUGUUCCCACCCAACGCCAUUCAGGAGCGGAAGUCUUCUGAAUCAUCAACUUCUUCGCUUAAAGCUUGUCGUGUGACUCGUUUUGCAGAGGCAGAAACCAUUCAUUCUCCUGCGCACGCCGCAGAUCUAGAACAGUCGCCAUUCGCAGACCCACCUGAGGCCUUCCAAACUCUCCCCAAUGUGUCCGACGUGGGUUUUGGAUAUGUCGCUGCGAGUGAUCCGGCGCACCAUGCCUCGCAUCACGACGUCCCAUCCCCGGGUCUAAAGAGCGCACUCAAAGUUCCUGGCACCCCAGGAAGAACCCUCAAUCCAUUGAGUCCGACCUUUCGGGAAGAGUUCUACGUGGAAAAGCAAGAAAAGGUCACCGAGAAGGAGAAUGCUAGAGAUCUUCGCAUCAAACUGCGUGUUCGCGUGGCCAAGGUUUUCCUCCGCUUCAUCAACUUUGGAUGCAGUCUGAUCGUCCUGACGAUACUGGGUACAACACUAACCGUCUUCCAUGCGACCAAGUCGAUUCCUGAGCGGAAUACCUUCCCGCCAUGGGAGACUGGUACAAAUCCUUGGCCGCAAUAUCUGCUGCUGGGGGUUUCGUGUAUCUCUUUGCUUGCCUGUCUCGCAGUAUUCUGGGGCUACUGGAAAGGUGGUCACAAACGUGCGGAGAAGUUUGCCCUAUACUAUUCGUCAAUCACAGUUGGCGUUUUUGUCUUUGAUCUGGUGAUGUGGAUUGUGGCCGCCGCCAUAUUCCAGCACUCGAAGUCCAGUGGGAACAACAAAGAUCUCUGGGGGUGGUCUUGUGUUCACAACGAACGAGAGCAGCUAUUUCAAGACCAGAUUGAUUACGCGCUCCUUUGCCGCUUGCAGGAUUGGGGACUGGUCUGUGCCGUGAUUGAGAUCGUUUUGGAAAUACUGGUGCUCCUGGUCUAUGUGGUCGUUGCGUACCGUUUCUGGACCAAAAGAAAGCUGGCCAGGUCCAUGGACCGCCGCGAUCGCGCUAGAACAGAUUUGUACAUGGCCCAGCUCCGACAGUCCGCGCCGAACACUCCUAGGUUUCCUCAUACGCCUAAGGCGCCUAUUGUAUCAACUGGCAUGCCCCAAGACACCUUCCCGCAAGAUCCCUACUCCGCAGCAGAGAAUGGAGAGGUAUAUGCUACUCAGUUUGCCUACCAGCCAACCGAGACCAAAUCCCGAGCACCUUUCCAACUCAUGCCUCCGCCCAUCCGGGUUCAGCAUGCGACCCCUCAGCCAGCUCAAGAAGAGUUCCAUGCACCUGCUCUGAUCCCUACUACUUCAAGUCAUCACAUGACGGCGGCACCCGGCGAACCUACCUACGAGAAUGUACCUAUCCCCGAGGCAUACAAGAGCCCCAUGAGCCCUGGAUUUCCCCGGGGGUGA